AUGACUGAUGACAACCAUUUCGAUGUACUUGUCAUUGGCACAGGUGUGACAGAGUCUGUGUUGAGUGCGGCUCUGAGUCGCGCUGGUAAGCGUGUGCUGCACAUCGAUACCAACGCGUACUAUGGCGCUGAGUGGACGAGUCUGACACUCUCAGAGCUGUCUCAGUGGGCGGCCAAGUCUAACGCUGACCUUGCCUUCCCACGCGAGCCAGCUGCGCCUGGCUGUAUACCAAGCGCUUGCAAAGAGGUGGAUCGUCACUAUUCUAUUGCUUUACGACCAGCGCUCCUGCCGGCGCGCGGUCCCAUGAUCGAAGCCUUGAUCCGCUCGAAUGUAGCUUCGUACGCGACGUUCCGUCUAUUGGGACGCACGGGUAUCUAUGAUGGCGAGCACCUCGAGUGUGUUCCUAAAAGCAAGUCGGACAUAUUUCGAGAUAAGCGUUUCUCCCUGGUAGACAAACGCAGACUCAUGCGAUUCUUGCAGACUACUAUGGAUCCGUCGGCGCAAGAGGCUUCAGAUGAUCAUGUUAGCAUAUCCGAAUACUUGCGCAAAAGUAUGGGAUUCGAUGCCAAGCUCGAGCGUGCUGUCAUAUACGGUGUUGCGCUGUGUUGGGACUCCAAUGAGCCCAGCACAAGUGCUAUGGAUCGGACACGUUACAGCCUGUCAGGUCUUGGAAGGUACGGGGACGCGGCCUUUCUUGUCGCCCAAUAUGGUGGUGCUGGCGAGCUGACACAAGGAUUUUGCCGCUCAUCUGCUGUCCAGGGCGGCGUUUUCAUUUUGGGACACGAUGUGCACUCCCUGGAGCGGACAGAAUCUGUCUGGACAUUGCGGAUGAAUGGUAUUCAUGAAUCCUUUACAGCGGAUCAAGUAGCAGCGCCGGCUGCCAAUAUGCCUCACAAUCGCGUCACGGCCCCACCAUCCAUGCUCGAACACGUGUCCGUAUUGAUUACGGAUGCCUCUAUCGACUGGGCGAAGCACAUGCCUCUCGAGGAAGAUGAGCCUGUGCCUGAGACAGCGCUGCUUGUGUUUCCACCCACCAAGGAAAACGAGCAUGCUGUCAUGGUCCUUGCUCAAGGUGAAGGUACCUUUUCGUGCCCAAAGGGUCAGUUCGUAUACUAUGUCACCACCUAUCGCCGUGCCGACGGUACAUCGGCACGCACAUGCCUGGCAGAAGCGGUCGCGAAGCUGCAUUCCCUGCUGACGCACGACGCUCCCUGGAUUGCUGAGAUGUAUUGCUCACACACACUCACAACUGACCACGAUGGCUCUUCCGCCGCUUACGUCGACACUUCUGCCCGUCCACCCAGUACCUCGAUGGAGUCCUCAUUGUGCCUUAGCAGUCAAGAAUGUGCUUCUAUUUCAAAACGGCAAGCCGUGCCAAAUAUGACAGAGUCUUUGGAUUUGUGCGUUGAAGCAGCCGAACACGCAUUCUGGCGCAUCGUCGGCGAGCAACAUCGCGAUCCGGCGCUUCGUUUGGCUCGUGCACGCCUUCGUGAGCAUGCACCUUCUGAGUACCAAGGACGAGGAGGCGUAGAUCCCGAUGGGCCGCCUGUCGAAGUGAUGAAUUCUCCAGUCGAGAUCGAGUUCUUUGCUCCACAAUCAACCUUGAACGAGAAUGCCCUUUGA